AUGGGCUCGUUAACGGAAUCCACGGCGGCCUUCGCAUCAAGGGCGAAAGAGAUUGGCUUGACUCAAGCCAAUGUGGCCACGAUGACGGGGACCGGAGUGGAUACGCUUUCCAAAUUAGCUUUUGCAACAGUACCGCCGGGCCAGUCUCCGAGCGACGAUCAGGUACAGCGGCUCUUCGGGGCAACACCCAUCACGGCAGGGACGAUGGCUGCAGCAAAGCGUUUAAUCUUUGAGGCCCAUACACUCGUAGUCCAAGAGUUAAAAACUCGAGUUCAGAGGGGGGACUCUGGAGCACCUUCGACGCUUGCCACAGCUGAGAGGGAAGAGCGCAUCACAGAGCAGCGUGCAAGGAUCACAGGCCUUUUGCAUCGUGGAGUCGAAGAGCCCAGCCAUGCCUCUUAUGACUUGGUGUACGCCAUGUUGUCCGCGGAUUCCUUGACAUACUUAGGGCCAGACAGGUUUCCGACCCGACAGUCCGAACUUCAGGGAAAGAAGCCUGGGAAGGAGCUCACCAUCGACGGGAACAGUGUGACGGUGAGAGACAAGGUGCCUCAUCAAACCUGCGCAACAGGGACCGAACUUGAGCUUACGCAGGCUCUGAGGCGGCGAGCCUUAGCAUUUGAUCUAGUCAAGUGCGCCAGUUAUGACACCAUGAAUCGGUAUCACUCGUCAUUGAUCCAUCGGCUGCAGGAGUUGCCGCCGCCUACUUACGUGAAGAUUUCGGUGGCACAGGUGCUUAGGGCAGACAGGGCAGCCUUCACGCGCAUUGCGGAAAGCCUUCCCUCGAUCAAGCGUCAGCCCGAUGGGGCUUUGCCUUUGGAUCGAGCCCUUGAGAACAUUCUUCAGGAUCCCAGCAUCAGCUUCCACUUGUUGCCGUUGAAAGGUGGAGAAAUCGAUGAUAACAAGCGGAAGUGGACAGAUGAUGCCAAAAAGACCGAUGAAGCGACCAACGAGACCAACGAAGGGAAGAGGCUGUGUUGGGCAUACAACAUUGAUGGAUGUCCCAAUGCCGCUGAUGGCGAGGAGUGUCCUCGCGGCUGGCACUUGUGUUGCGAGCCAAAUUGCUUCAAGGCGCAUCCGUUGCCCAAGCACCGAAAGGUUAAGGAGGUCUCUUUGGAUGAAUGUCUUGUCCUCGAGGUCUCGCCGGGGUCGGGGCGAUUGACUGCAUGCCUCAAGCAGCGACAGCUUGAUAACAGUUUUUCCGUUGAUCGAACAGCCGGCAAGUGCUGUGCACCGCGAAUUGUUGUUGACUUGUGUACAGAGUCGGGUCGCAAGCAGUUCCAGGAGAUUUUGACCGAAGAAAAUUUGAUGUAUGUUCAUUUUUAUCCGCCCUGUAAUACUACAAGCCGAGCCAGAUUGCGUCAAUUUGCAGGAGCUCCUGCAGUCCUUCGGAACGAAACCCAUCCGGAUGGAGUUCCAGGGUUGGGGCUAGCCGAUCGUACCAGAGUGAGUGAUGCCAAUGCCUACCUGCGUGCUGUGGCCGCAGCUUGCAAAACAUGUCACGAGCGCGGGGUGCUUUUCAGCGUCUGCAACCCAGAGUCAAGUUUUGUGUGGGCUACCAAACCUUUGCGACUUUUGCUUCAGGAAAUUCCUCUCUUCACAACGCACUUUCACCUUUGCAGCUUCGAAUCGCCCUUCAAGAAGGCUAUGCGACUGCUGCACUCACUACCAAAAUUUUUGGAGUUGCAUCGUCCAUGCGCCGGUGGACAUGUGCAUAAGUUUUGGUCUAAGGGUGUGGGCUGUAAGUUCGACCGUGAUUUGGAUUUUCCGUGGGGUUUGUGCAAAGCCAUGUCACAGCUUCUGCAAGAUCAACUGCUUGACAUGGGGGCCAAGCCUCUGCCUACUAACUUGAGUCAGACAACAGCCACAGUUGCAGCGGCCAGAGCUGUUGCUGGAUGGCAAAGCAACAAGCGUGUCCUUCCUCUGGUUCCGGAGUUCAAGCAUGUUGUAAAUGUCCGUGGCAGCUUCCCUGCUGCUUCUAUGCAAGGUCUUCAAGUAGGCUGCAAACUCCCUGCAUCGUGGGAGGUGCCUGCAUCUGCAAAUGUUGACCCUUGCUUUGUGUCGUCUGUGCCACAAGGUUCCAAGGUCCUUCGCAUCCUCACGGUGCCGGGGGAAAGUUCAGAGGAUGCUUCGGACGACUUGAGUGCCGCACAGGCUGACGGGAAAGACGACUCGCCGCCAGCCAGUUUUCUUCACCGUGCAUUGUCAAGCCUUUCUUCUCCGCCUGAGGAUGCUCACCCUGCUGAGAAGCUUGCCUGCAUCAUGUUACAGUGGAACACUCGCUUCAGCCAGGAGGAGAUGCGAACUCUCUUGGACAUGUUGCCGCAAAAACAUCAGACCAGAGCCAGGGGGAGCUGUGAUGACCAGUCCAAUCAGUUUCUGUGCGGAGCCUAUGCUCAUGGGCCCAUGACGGGCUGCAAAAUCUUGACGCGAGAUAUGCCUUGGUGCACUGCCGUGCUUUGCAAGCAUGUUCGUGAUAAUGCUCCGGGUUUUUGUUUCUCUGCCGUGGGCUACCUGUGCAAUGUGCGCGCAGAGGCCCAUCGAGACUUGCACAAUGAGCCAGGAACAAAAAACCUGGUCAUGGCAACGCAUGCUUGUGCUGGCGGUGGACUGUGGCUUGAGGAGGCAGGUGGGCCUAUUGCAAUGGUCGUCGAGAAAACUCAACGUGCUGGGAGGUUUCAUGACUUGGCGGCAGUUGGAAGGCCCUUUAUCUUUGAACCGAAGCGUUGGCAUGCUACUCAACCGUGGCGAGGUGACAGAGGAGUGAUUGUUGCAUACACCCCAGUGGGCGUGACCAAACUUGCAACUGCCGACAAAGGGUUCUUGGAAAAACUGGGUUUUCCCUUAGGCCCCUCUUCUGGUUCUAGUGAUGUGCUCCCAGGGUCGCAAAAGUACAAAAAGGAAGAGUUCGUGGCGAGGGCGUUGAGUGUGCAACAUCCUUGUCACUUGGAAAGCCUUUUGCCAUCAGAGCUUGUCGAGGCCAUACGGGCAAAUCAUUCCAAAGAUGUCGCUACGCUUGGGCGCGAGCGAACCGAGAUGCUCAAGAAAUGGCUUGCUCGCGCUGAGGAGCUGGAAACUGCCGAAAGCCAGCUCAAGGGAUCUUUCAGCUCCCAUCGACGUCAAGUGUUGUGCAACAAGCGGCUGCUCUUGAUGAAAGAGAUGCUUGACAGUGUGGGACACGAGGACGAGGACUUGAUUUCUGAUCUGUCCAGCGGUUUCGACUUAACCGGACCCUUGCCCCGAUCUAAUGCCUUUAAGAAUAAGUACCGCCCGGCAGCCAUGGCCGAGGAAACGCUUAGGAAAAGUGCGGGAUUAGUUAGGGGUCAGGUUUUGGCUUCGGUUAAAAGUUCCGUGGACGAGAUCGUGGAUCGAGGCGUGAUGGCAGCCACAGAGAAGGAGUUGGCCAAAGGCUUCAUUGAGGGGCCGGUGAGUGCUAGCGACAUCCCUGAUGAUGGGACGGUCACGCAUCGCUUCGGAGUGAUCCAAGGAGAGACCGAGGAAGGUCCCAAAGUGAGACCAAUCGACAAUUACUUGAGUUCGCUUGUAAAUUCGGUUGUGUCCCAAAGUGAACAAGUGCCCGUCCACACGUUGGACGUAGUUGCUGGCAUGUUGGCGAUGUGGUUGCAUUUGUCUCCUUUGAAGUCCUUGCGUGAGGGACUUGUGUGCAAAUGUUGGGACCUCAGUGCCGCAUACAAGCAACUACCGCUUAGUGACAAAAGUUUCGAAAAGGAUAGCUUCUUCGUAAUCUUCUGCCCCCGCACUCGCAAGCACGUCAUCUACAAGCAGCGGGUCAUGCCCUUCGGGGCGAAAGCCUCAGUGACUGCCUUUAUCCGUUGUGCAUUCGGGAUUUGGCGGCUGGGGGUUAAAAUGUUUGCCUUGGUCUGGAGUUUUUAUUUUGACGAUUUUCUAUCGGCUUGCAAGCCUGAGGAGCGUCGACACGUGGAGGUCGUUAUCAGCACGCUCUUUAGGCUUCUAGGUUGGGAUCUUUCGCUAGAUAAACUUCUGCCCUAUGACGUGUGCUGCAAAGUCCUUGGAAUCAAAAUCGACAUGUCUGAAGCACGCCUGGGACUCUUCGAGCUGGCGAACACCGACAAACGCGUGCUGGAGAUAACUGCUGCCUUGGACGAGGUCUUGUUAGCUGGCAGGUUGUCGCAUUCCGACUGUGAGAGACUUCGAGGUAGGCUGCAGUUCGCUUCCGGCCAGUUGUUCGGUCGAAGGGCGAAGGUUGCUCUGCACCAGCUUAGCCGGCAUCAUGGAGGCCGGUUGAGCCAGGUCACUUCUGAGGCGUGUCGCUUCUUGAGGCGUUUGGUUUCGUCAAACCAAAGCCGCUCGAUUAGUCGGCAACUGGGCAAUGUCGUGCAUGUGUAUGUGGAUGCAUCCUUCAGCGAUGAGGGCAAGCUUUGUGGCAUCGGGGGCAUGGCGUAUGACCAUAAAGGCUCCUUGCUCCAAUGGUUCGGCGAAAACCUUGAUGCUUCGCUUGUUUCCCAAGUCAUGACGUCCUUUGAGCGUGUCAAAGAGACUGUCAUCUUUGAGCUGGAGGCUUUGGCGGUAUAUGUUGCGCUGAAGUGUUUCUUCAAAGCUCUUAAGGGCAAGAAUGUGGUUGUGUUCACCGACAACGAAGGUGUUCACGGCGCCUUCGUGAAGUGCUGGACAGUGAGUCAGUUUGCAACGCAUGUCAUCGAUGCGGUAUGCGAGAUUGAGGAAAGCCUUGGCUUUAUGAUUUGGUACGAUCGAGUUCCAUCUGCAAGUAAUCCUUCGGAUCCGCUUUCAAGAGGAGUGUGGAAUCUGCCGACACCCGUGCGUGUUAGGCCUGCGGCGAAGUUCUUUGAAGGCUUUCUUGAAAAGUCAAAGUCACGACUGAAGUGA